GGCGGAGGCUCCCCAGGCUGUGGAGCUCAGAGGAUGCUGGCUCCCUGAGGAUCGGCGCCCCCCGCCAGCCUCAUCUCCCGGCUGGGCAGGCCGCCGAUGGGGAUUAGGAAGUGGCUGCCUGAACUAUUUUCUGAAGUAUAGACAUUACAAAGCAUUGAAUACUGCAGCUCACCAAGAAGAUCCUAUUGGUUUGGGGGACCCAGCUUCCAGCAGCCACAGGGGAUGCUGCUCCUCCGGCGCCGUCUGCAACGAGCUCCGCCUCAGCAGCUUUUGUGCAGGUUCCGUGCCACGAUGGGGAAACUGCAAAGCAAACUCAAACACAGCACCUACAGAUACAGGCCCGACGCAGUUAUAGAAGAGAGGAUCCAAACUAGAGCUCUUCAAGAGUACAGCCCAGCUCACAUGGACGCCGUCUCUGCUGUUGCUGCUCUGGACUCGGACCUGUGCGUCUCCGGAGGAAACGAUAAGACAGUCGUGGCCUAUAACUGGAAAACCGGAAACGUGGUGAGAAGGUUCCAAGGACACGAGCAUGAAAUCACCAAGAUAGCCUGUGUCUACAAGUCGAAGCAGUUCUUCAGCGCCUCUCGGGACAGGAAGGUCCUGAUGUGGGACCUGCACGGCUCCUCCCAGCCCAGCCAGCGGUUCUCGGGCCACGCCAUGGCGGUCACGGGGGUGGCCGUGAGUCCAGACUCGUCACAGCUGUGCACUGGCUCUCGGGACAACACCCUCCUUCUGUGGGACGUGCAGACCGGGCAGUGUGUGGAGCGAGCUUCAGUCUCCAGGAACUUGGUCACGCACCUGUGUUGGGUCCCCCGAGAACCAUAUGUGCUGCAGACUUCCGAAGAUAAGACCGUCAGAUUAUGGGACAGCCGGGGGCUGCAGGUAGCUCAUAUAUUUCCCGCAAAGCAACACAUUCAGACCUACUGCCAGGUCAGUGAGGAUGGACACCGGUGCCUCUCCUGCAGCAACGGCUUCGGAGGGGAAGGCUGUGAAGCCACGUUGUGGGACCUAAGGCAGACGCGGAACAGACUGUGUGAGUAUAAGGGGCAUUUCCAGACUGUUGCAUCCUGUGUCUUUCUACCAAGAGCACUGGCCUGGGUGCCUGUAAUUGCUACCUCAUCACAUGACUGCAAGGUGAAGAUUUGGAACCAAGAUACUGGAGCCUGCCUGUUCACCUUGUCUCUGGAUGGAUCAGGACCCUUGACAUCGCUGGCUGUUGGUGACACCACCUCCUUACUGUGUGCUAGUUUCAGCAGAGGGAUUCACUUGCUCAGAGUGGACCACACCCGAGGGCUGGAGCUGCGGGAAGUGGCGGCAUUCUGAGGCCAGGAGACAUUUGCUGGGCAAUAUCACACCGUGGCCCCUCCUUUCUCAGUGUGGUUUUGUGCUUUUCAUGUUGUCUUCAGGGGAGGGCGACGUGGGGCGUAGGUUCACUUAGAGGGCAUAUUAGUGUUAGAAGGCAGUUUAAGGCUACUGGCUCCAAAUCAGAUGUGAAGUUUAGAAAUGUGGACUCAACAUAAGGUUCUCAAGCUGUUAAAUCCAGAUGCAAGUUUUAGUGAACUCUUGGGACUGCUCUUCAAAAAACAGUUUAUGGCUCAAAGUGGAGACCUGUAGGUCUCUGAAAGGGGUCUCUGUGAGAGUCAGGACACAGCGUCUGAGUCUCUUGAAUUGACCUUUUCUGUGUCUCCACAGAAGCAAGCAAGGGGGAGAGAAACUGUUUUCCUUGGCUUCAAAUGAUGUACGUGGGAAAGAAUAGUGCAGCGCCACAGAGGAAAUAGAUCGCAGACACGAUAUGAAGGUCCCGUCACUGCUCCUCGGCAACGUGAAGAAUCAGAGUUAGGGCAAGAAAGCGAAAGCCUUGGCUUCUACUCACAACGGUAGCAGAAAGGGUGGCCAGCCCCUGCGAGUUCCUGAGCCCUUCUUAGACUGGCGCGGAGGUUGUGUGAAAAUAAGGCUCGAGAUGGCUUGAACAGGCUGACAACCCCAAGGAACUGGUCCAGGAUUAUGGGAGUUACCAAAUUGGUUCUGUAGGUAAGGAAAUGGGGAGGUUGCAAGAUUAAGGCUUAACACUUUUCACUCAUACAUUUUAAUAUUUUUAUUUAGUUUUAUGUAAACUCUCUCUAGGGAAUGGCAGGAGUGAGGCAAAGGGAACGUCUGCGAUGACGAUAGAUCACAGAGAGAAAGUAGAGGUGCAGACCCCACUGUGCGCGGGCCACGGAGCCCCCUCCGUGAGGAGGGGCAGGCGCCCGGUGUGCCUGGGUGGUCCCAGGAGGUCAGUCCCCACGUGGCACCCAGAAGCCCCUGUUCCUCCGGUGGAGAUCGAGCUCCCCCUGCCUUCAGGCAGGCCCACGCCCCCACCCCCAGAGGAUUCCCUUUCUGAUGAGUCCCAGCCGAAGAAGAUUUUGCAUUGGUCUUUGCCUGCCCCUGACACCCCUGGCUGACAGCCACCUUCCUGCCUCCCCCUGCUCCUCUUCAAGUCCAGCUCCCCCAGGCCGUCCCCACCAACUGGGGAGGAGAAUCUCAAGCUGCUGCAAAGUGUCUGACCUGAGUUUGAAUCUCCAGUUCUCCAUUUAGCCGGAUGAUCUUGGGCACGUAGUGAAAUCUCAGCUUCCUCACUUACUGUGUAGGGCCGUAAUCGAGUUCCUCACGGGGCUAUUCUGAGGACUGAACAGAACCCUGUUAAAUGGCAAGCAAGGCAGUAGGUGCUUGUAAGUGGUAGCCAUUGUUAUUUAUUGCCCUCCGUGCAGAUGAAACGCUCUCUUUACCACAUGAAACAUCUACCAUUCCUCAUCCAUUCUUCUUAGAUCUUACUGUCUAAGCUUUAGUCAUUGCUCAGCUUCCCCUUUGAUCUUGGCACUUGGGAAGAACAAAGGGGUGGUGAACGUGGAAGCUGUGUCAUUGAGCAGCUACAGGUGGCUGAAUACAUUUAUUCUCACUCUCAUUCUUACUAGUAUUCCCAUUUCACAGAGGAGGACGCAGAGGCCCGAGGUCACACACGUAGGUAGGAAAGGGAAGAACUGAAAUUUGAACUGAGGCCAGUCUGACUCAAAGCCAGAUUACUUUCCUCCCUUUCCCUUUGCCUUUGGGUGAUGUCACAAAGUUCACGUCAGAAAUGUAUAGAGACUAAAUUGUUGGUGCAUUUUCUAGACCAGUUAUUAACUUUCUGGCUCCAAGGAGCUCUCCCUUGCCAGUUGCCCAGGAGCCGUAGACAGGUGUCUCAGGGAAAGUCCCAGGGCACCUGCUAGUGCCGCAGCUGACCCUUUCUCCUAGAGGGGAAGCAGGCAGGAAGUCAGAAAACCCAAGGGAGCAGGUUGGGAUGGGGGGCUCCCCGGGGGAGGGACAGGCUGCGGUGGGAGGGAGCACAGCUUUGAGAAGACAGUGGGCCUCUGAUGAAUUCGCAGGGCUCUGUUACAAUAAAGUUGUUUCCCUAAACUCGACACAGGUGCGUGAUGUGUAAGUGCCUUAUUGUGCGGUUCAAGUAAAAAAGAGAUGAAUAAAUGUAAAUGUUUCUGUAGGAUUUUUCAGUGUAGGAUUUUCAGUGUUCGGUGUGCCCUACACAGGCACCCCCAGCACCUAAGAGCCAGGCUGCUGCAACGCAUUCAUUCCCCUGCCCAACACUUCAUGUCAGAGGCGGCCUGCUAAGUCGUAGUGAGGGGUUUCCCAAAGACAGCUGACUGUUUUCCCCAGAAGGUAUAUAAGCUCUUGGAUCCGGCCAAUUGUAUGUUUAAAAUUUAAAUAAAUUUGUAUCUUGUAUAUUUACCAUUUAAAUAUAUUGACAUAGUUAAGGAGAGGAGUGGUGAUUAUUAAUGACCUUUAUUUUGACACAGAAAAUACAAGUAUAAAACUCAGGUCACUUGGUGUUUUUAACCUUUUAAUACUGAACAAAGGGAGCUUAGCUAUUUCUGAGUAGCCUUUGGAAACAUAGUGAUUAAAGAACAGCUUCAUCGUAAAGAAGGCG